CAAGAAGGCAGAACAGAUAUACCUCUCUCUCUCUCUCCCCUGCAUCUCCAUCCCCCCUGCCUCUCUCUCUCUCUCUCUCUCUCUCCACAUCAACAAGGUAACAACCUACUAAUUACUGAUCCCACAAAACAGUUCAUCAAUAUUGCCAUUUGGAUAUUUCCAACAAAAAUGAAGAGAAAGACAUGCUGCAUUAUUCUAGUUGCUACUCUUCUGUGUUGGGUUUCUCUUACAAGCAGGCCUUUUGCAUCCUACGAUGCUCCACAUCAACAAGCUAAUCAAACAGAGAAAACCCCAUAUUCCCAAGGAGCUACAUUUGACUCAAAACAGGGAGUCGAGGAAGGCAUGGGAGGAAGAAGGUAUAGAGGGCUGAGUAGGCUGGGGUCAAGGCCACCCAACUGUGAGCAUAUAUGUGGAAGCUGUGAGCCAUGUGUUCCAGUUCAGACACCCACAACCACUGACCACUUUGGACUUCAAUAUACCAAUUACAAGCCUGAAGGAUGGAGAUGCAAAUGUGGUUCUACUUUCUUCACUCCAUGAAAGUAUUGCUCUAUUUCAAGCCGUUUUCCGGUAUAUGUUUCCGAAUAUAAGAUACACCGGAACAUAUUAUAAUUUUUGCAAGCUAUCUCAAGCUUCAAGCUCUUGCUAUGUAUAAACUGAACAUUUUCGUUUUUGAUGUUUUUUUUUUUUUUUUUUCCUUGAAGCUUUACACAGUUAGGAGUCUACACAUUUGUAAAUUAUUGCAAUUGGAAAUUACUCCUGCGCAUUUGUACAAAAUGUUCUUCAUCCUCCAAAAAAGUUGAACUUAAAGAAGGGAGUGUUAACCAAACGCUCUUGGUACUGUUCAUUCUUAAUGUUAAUGAUAUUUUUACUUUAAAAAUUCACUUAUGAUACUAUUUACAUACAACAUCUUUUUGUCAUUUUAGCAAACCUUUUUCAUUAAUUUUCUUUUUAAAGAAAACUAAUUUCCCUAAUAAGAAAAAAAAUGGUUUUAGCAAAACAGUGUUUAUUUUCUAUUAUUUACAGUUGACGCGUAUAGACUUGACUAAUUAUUGCACAAAUAUUUGUUUUUUAUUUUUAUUUUUUUUAUGAUCAUGCAAAACGAUUAUUUGUACGUAAAACAUACCUUUUUAAGAAAAUAAAUUAAAUAUAAGUGUCCGAGUACGUUUUCUUGUGACGCAUCUAACAAAAACAUAAGACAUUUAUCUGAACGAUCUCACUUACCAAUUAAAAGUGAUUUACACUUUUCCAAGUAAAUUCGGACGGUGUAAUUGAAAGAGAGGUG